AUGACAAACACGCCCGUUGUGAAUCACUUUUACGUGCAGAGCGACUUGGCGGUGCCCGUUCCCAUGCUUUUCACACCAAAUCUGUCAAUGGAAAGCGUGUCACUGAGCCAACCGAAAGACACAUCCGAAAUGCGUGGAAAACGAGGGCGGGAAUUGGCGCCACGUGGGUAUCAUUUCAACGGAAUUGCCGUACGAACUGCAGGCCACACUGCGGGAAAUAAAAAUUUUCAUGACGAUAGUAGAGCUGUGAAUCCGUAUGAACUGAGUCAUCAAGGCCAUGUGCGGCCUAUAUCCAACGAGGAAGAGCAGUCCCUCUUGAACGAGUCUAUAGAAUACUACAGGAGCGCAAAACUUGCACGGAAGGAGCCAUUGAACAUCAAUAAAGGGGACGGUGUUUCUUCAGAGGAUAAUACCGCUAUGCUCCGCACAGAACUGAGACGGAUGCAGGAUCAGUAUGAUCAUUUAAGCAAACUUGUGGAGGAGACACGGGCAGAGUUGCAACGAAGUCGUGAGGCAAUUGAACAUUCCCAAGAAGGUGCGCGUUGUUUUGUCAGUGACCUGCGAGUAGAAGUGGCGGAACUCAGAAAACAUGUGCAGCUGAUGGAUGGAAGGCAGUCGUCGAUGGAGGGUGCCGUCGGAUCUCUCAAAGGGCUACAGACUCUCGUAGAAACCUUCCGCGGCGAUGUCACCACCUUGCGUAACGAAGUGAACCAGACGUCCACGGCCGUUGCUCUUUUAGAGAAGUCCAUAGAAGAUGUAAAGAGACACCCUCAUGCCCACCCACAGUCGUUGGAAUUGCCGCCGUUCAGUCGUCCCCCUGCGAAUGCCAACACCACCACCACCACCACCACGAGGGAUACGACGAAUAAGGCACCCGCCACAGAUGUUUCAUUAGCGCCAAAGCAGUCUUUUACAUUUGGUGGCAAUUCUAAAGGCCCAACAGCCUCGACUGGGGCGGGGGUUGAACCGGCGAUGAAAGCGGAACACACUUCUGCAGGGUCUUCCACGGAGAAGAAGAAUCCCUUCUCGUUCGGCGGAAAUUUGGUAAGUGGGACGCCUGCGACUGGAACGACUUCAAUGCCAAAAAAUCCGUUUUCAUUUGGCGCAUCUUCUGGGAGUUCAACGGAGGCGAGCACAUCCGGCCUUGGCGGUGCAAUGAAUGUGGUUGAGCCCACCAAAGGAGGGGUGGCGACAGCAGAAACAACGACGGCCAACAAUUCUUCUAGUAAUGGUGGCAAUCCAUCGGCUUCCUCCUUUAAUAACAUGUCUGCUGGAUUUGGCAAUGAGUUUUCUGCCAAACAGGGGUUUGGAUUUACAACUGUUUCCGCCGCGCCGUCGGACGCAUGGCAGACACCUACGGUUCCUUCUUUCUCCUCCGCUGGCUCCAAUCCCUUUAGUGUACCUUCAGGGCCGGGCGCCUUUACUACUCCUGCCAGUGCUCCUUUAUCCAACUUUCCGUCUUCGUUUGGUUCGGCCGGUGUUGAUUCCGCUGCGGGGCCAAAUCCGUUUGCCGCGCCGUCGUACAAUGACGCCCCCUCUGGGGCCUUUGGUGGAGGAGGCUUGCAGUCCGUUCCAGGCGUUCCCUCCGGUGUCUCGAAUCCCACGGGCACAUUGUCGUUUGCUCAGCCCAUAACUUCCAAGGUAUCAUUCGCUACGGAUGCGGGGCCGAGCGGUGGAGCAGAGUCGUCCAACCUUCUUGGCUCUCACCAACGGAAAAAGAUGCCGCGCAGAUAUUAA